GGAAUCAUAUAAUAGCCUUUUAUAUUGGUGUUUUAUUGAUAAGGUUGAGUUCCAAAGAAGAGAGGGCACUAACAAAAUGAAGAAGGGACUCACCCUAGCAUUCCUGAUCAUAGUGAUCCAGCUUCAUCUGAUCAAGGCAACUUCAUCAUGGGAUCUGAAGGGUUGUAACUCAGAAGACUGCCUCAUAGGCUAUGACUUGGAAUCAGAGUUCUCCAUGAGUUCCCAUGCUGCCAGGAUGCUCUAUGAUGUGAGUCAGUCUCAGACUGGGAGAACAGGUAACAGCAACGGCGCUGCUGUAAACUGUCCACAAAGUAAAGGAUAUCGUAGCUGCUUACCCUCUGCAAAUGGAAGUGGAUCCAGACAACGAUGUGGUGAUUACAACCGUGCCUGCUAAGAACAUGAAUUGAGUUUCUUCAUUUCCUUUUCGUUUCAACAUGUUGUAAUAAUCUUGGAGCUGUUUCCAUGUGUGUUUAUUACAAAAUUGUCAUAAAUCUGAAGCUGUAAUGAUUAUGUAAAGCUUGAUGUUAAUUAUAUAGUACUAUCAAUUUGAAUAUUGGUGUUUAAAAUAA